CUAUUACAGAAACGGACCAUUGUUAAACUUACAUAUAUGAAGGUUCGGUAUGGAAGCCUUUUUGUACUUAAUCCCUUUCGUAAGUUCCGUGUUCAGCAUGAUGACAGAAAAUGAUAUGCCAGCAAUACUGUGUAAAUGUUUUAAUGAAAAGGCGGGUUCCAUAACCACAAUUCCAGGCGAACUCAUUUUAUACACCUGUGUUAAUAAGUAUCUUGCAGAAACCUGGUUGGAAAGAUAUCAUCCACCAAGACUGACUGACCCUGACACAAUCAACUGGUUACAAUCACUUGGUCGAAAGGUCAGAGGACAAGAAUACAACAUUCGAACUAAAAGACAAGCUGUCAGAAGAAUAAGACGCGAAAUCAGAACACUUACAGAUGCACAAAGGAACAGAUUUAUUCAAGCUGUUCAACAAUUAAAAGCUAGAAGCAUCGGAACAACCAACAGAUAUGAUGCUAUAGCUAGUGCACAUGACGGGUUAGCCCUUGGAUCGGCACAUAUGGGACCAAACUUUCCCUCAUGGCAUCGGGAAUACCUCAAACUAUUUGAAGCUGCUCUACAGGAAAUCGAUAACCGAGUUACUUUGCCAUUCUUUGAUAGUAGAUUAGAUUAUAACUUGGAUGACCCAAAGGAAUCAAUUUUUUGGGGCGAUAAUUUCAUGGGCGAUCACAGUGGUGUGGUAACAAAUGGACCAUUUAGACUUUGGCGUCAGCGUAAUGGUGCAUUCUUAGAAAGAAAUGGUGGAGCAUCUGGUUCAAUGAUUUCACCAAUGGGGAUAAGAAAUGUGCUAUCCAGAAGAAGAAAUAUCGAUAUAUUGAAACCUUGGGCAAAUGACAGAUUUGAUCUUGAAAACUACCACGAUGCUGUACACGUUUGGGUUGGUGGUACAAUGCGUGGAUUAAAUACAGCUCCAUCAGACCCAGUAUUCUUUCUGCAUCACUGCUUUAUAGACUAUGUUUGGGAGCAGUUCCGACAAAGACAAACUGUAGAUUCUGAGAGUGACUAUCCAUUUGAUCAGAGUGCUCCGCCAUCUCACGCACCAAACCGAAUCAUGGAUAACCUAGAAAGUGGAAAGAAGAAUAUUGACGGGUAUAGUAAUGAUUACACAGAUCAAUAUUACAGAUAUGCAAAUAGUCCAAGAACAUGUCGUCAAUGUAGAAACCGCUUCCCCUAUCUUAAAUGUGGAGACUUAGUCAGAGGACUCUGUUCUGCUACAAACAGACCACAGAUAAGGCUAGCGAGUCAAGCGAAAUCAAAGAAACCAGUCAAUAAAGAUCUAGGAAUAACAAGAAAAUUCUCAACUACAAUUACGGACAAAAGAAAGAUACCACCACGUACAAGGAGGUCAACGGGCGAUUGGCUUGUGUACGAAACUUUCUUAGAGGAAAAAAAAGUCAGUAAAAUUGGACGAACAAAAAGAUCGAUAAAUUCCAGGAGAUACACUAAGGAAAAGCGAACAUCUCACAUAACCAACAUGGACUCUACCAUGCAAAACUCCUUUUUACUGGAUGGCGAGCCGGAUAUUAAGCGUUGGGUAUUUAUACCAGUUAAAAUUGUUCAUAGACGUCCGUCUGGCUUACUCUUUGGCACAAAAGUGAUAAAGAAUAAAAAUAUUGUAGAUGGUGUUGAUGUAUAUUCAUAUAACAAAAAUAUGAAUUAUACAGAUGAAGAGCAGCAAGCAGCAUAUUCUCAUAGUUUUACGUCCGGGUCAGGGGCAGACAAAGUAUAUGUUCAGGUUGACGGUAUGUCAUACAAUGGAAAGUAUGUAGAUUACACGAUAGUUGAUUCCAGACUCCCUGUAUCAGAAUCUGUUGCCUUCGUUGCUGUUAAAAAUCCAAAACUUAAUUCUAGCAUUUCAUUCAUAUCUGCUUACGACUCACAUGGUCGAAUUUGUCGCCCAUACUGUCAUUCGUACGGGUCAAAUUCAAACCAGUAUAGAACAUGUUCCGGGGUGGUUUACCUGACUGAAGAAAAACCUAAGUUGUAUGGUGAAGAUGUCGGAGAGGUAACACAACUACUCUAUCCGUCUGGGAAAGGGACGGUUUUUACCAGGAAUGAUAAAAAUAUAUUUCUCAGUUUCUACUGCGACUUCCAUGAAAUUCCAUGGGGAAAAUGUUAAUUAGUUCUUUUGUGAUGAACGCAUAGUUUACAUUGCAAAUAUAUGAUGUUCACAAAUACUUUGUUUUGGCGCUUGUUUUAUAGUUAUGAAAAACCGUACACAUACAAAGUUUACGUCUAAAAAAUAUAAUGAAAAAGUCAACAAAUAUUUCGGAUAACACAAAUCCUUCUUAGCAUAAACAGGAGACUAACCGGUGAAAAUCCUAAACAUCCUUCAAAUUUAAUACCAAUAUGAUGAAUAUCUUUAACCAAGACAAUAUUUCAAUAUGAAACAAUCUAUGGAAUAUAUAUACAAGAUAUGGAA